GUCGUCUGUCGUUCAGUCGAUCGGUCGGUUGGCAGAUCGGUGAGCUUGUCCGGUAAGUCGGUCGGUCGGUCGUUAGUUAUCUGUCGUACACGUGACGACCGCGUUUCAGGAAUGACCAUGCAGGCGGUGUUGGACGAAUUUUACGCGCAGAUUGUGGCCAAACUGGAACGCGACGAGCUGAUACCGGCCUACAAGCGGUCGAUGCACCGCGAGUACCUGGCCACCGUGGUGGACGGGCUGUGCGGACCGUGGUGCGGCCGGGACAGACGUCGAGCGUGCGAGGCCGCGGUGACCGGGGCCGUGGCCUAUCACGGCCGCGUGGUCCGGGACAACGGGUCCGUGUGUCCGCUCGGCAAAAACCACGACAUGCUGUACGUGAUGGCCCGCUUCGCCAUGGACGCGGACGCCGGUCCCGAACCCGUAGCCGCCCUGCUGACCGCCAUUUACACGUGCGAGAAAACGUUGGAAAAGCUUUUCGAGGGCGCCGUGGUGGGCAGCAAAGUGGCGCGCAUGAUCAGCGGCCGGUGGACGGACUUCGGAGCGACCGUCGCGGACAAUCAGACAGCGUUGGACUUUUAUCUGGACCGGGCGACGCGCGCGCGACUCCUGCUCGAUGGCCGCCGGAUGCAGGACGUCCGGAUGCGGUCGUACCGGGCGGCACCCGUGGUGGUGGCCGCGGUCACGGGAGACCUGGCCGCCUUGGCCAUGCUGUUGCGAUACGGCCCUGAUGAGAGGUCGGUACGUGCGGCCAUCGCGUACUUGCGCCGUUCGGCCGACCACGACCGCGGCCCACCGUUCCCCAAUCGCGACCAGUCGUGUUUGGAACUGCUGCUCAGAGCCGUCGUCUGCGAGGGCGGCGGGCGCGGCAGCGUCAGUGGUGACGAGGACGGCAGUGUCGACGGUUUCGGCAGUGUCAACGGUUUCGGCAACGGCGACGAGUCCGGAUGUAGCGACCGCGGCGUAAAUGUCGUUCCGGCACUGCUGCACCUAUCCAGAUGCGCAGUGCGCAAGGCGUUACACCGAAACUUCAGUCUACCGCACGGCAUACCGCAGUUACCCUUGCCCAGGUCAUUGGUAUCGUAUUUAGAUCUCGAGUGUUGAUCCAUAGCGUUUCUACUCACACCUACACGCCAGUCCGGUCGUUCCACCGCAAAAAUCGACGUACGCGAUUUAUUUUUAUCUUCGUCGAAUACGUUCGCAGCUUGUUAUUAUAGUCGUUUUAAUAAAAUAGUGAUACAGAUCGUGAUAUCAUUUUUUCUCUUUUAUAUUUUUUCUUACCGAGGCUUUACACCAGAAUUAAUCCGGAUCCGUGACACUACUAAAAACCCUUAUAGAAAAUCAAACAACGUCCGAUUUAACCCAAAUGAUUAUUUGACACCAACAAUCGAAAUAAUACAUUCCCAAAAACCGAAUGAUUUUUCAUAUCACAAAUUUGAUGUAAUUAAUUUUAUUCAAAAUGUUUCUCUCUUGUGGUAUAAAAUAUUUAUGUCAUAUAUUUGAUCAUACUUUUAAUAGUUAUUUAAUUUUUUUUCUGAACUAUAAGACGCCCGUGUUAACCCUAAAUAUCACGAUUAAUAACCCCAAAAAGUUUCUUUAAAUUCCUUAUCCUGAUGUUUGAACCCUUAAUAUAUUCAGCACCCUUCACUCAAAUAAAUGAUUAGGAUGCAAAGCUUUGCUUCUUAAUUUUCCAAUAGUUUCACGAGGUUUUCCGCAGUAAUCUGAAUGCUAUUGUAGUAUUGAUAUUGACUAUCGUUUGUUAAUUAGGUUAUAGUAUUAACACCGCGACCACCUUGGUAACUAAGAUUGUAACACCGCGACUGUGGUUGGAGACGCUCCACUGGCAUAUUAUUAUUAUACACAGACACUGCACGCUUAAAAAAAAAAAUAGUUAUUGAUAUACAGACAUUUAUUAGUCUUGUUGUUUUCAUUAAUUAAAAUGUUGAUUUAUUUUUCGAAGUGUGCGGCUCCUAUUGGACUCCUAUGAAUUUAAACAGCGCAGUAAUAAAUUACCAAAAAGAGUGAAGCAGGUAAUAAACUAUGGUGACUUUAAAACACGGUUUAAAAUAAAUAAAUAAUUGUUUUACCCCUACAGUCAAUAUUGAAACAUUUAAUUGUAUUACGCUCGUCGCUGUUAAUACUUUCUAUAAUUAUUUAAUAAACCACGGAGAUGAAUAAUGUAAAUGAAUUGAGGUGUCUUGUGAAUUGCUUUGUACGAUGUAUAAUAUACUAAUGUAAAAUAUAUUGUGUAUUAUAAUCGUUUGUAUUGUACAAAGCUUUAGUUUCACGAUCAAAUACAUUUUUCAUUACGUAAUUUUGAAAAUGAUUGUGUUAUCGACGUGUUAUUUUUUAUUUAUAUUCUUAUCAAGAAUAUAUUUCGACAUUAAUUAUUAACAUAAUUUUAUAAUGGAAAAUAUGAUAAGUAGGUACAUUUUGAGAAAUUAUUUAUUAUGUGUGAUAUUCAGGGUAAUGUUAGUCAUUAGUUA